AUGGCAAAACCAGGCAAAAAGGAUAAUAAUAACGCAGAAAUCGAGUUUGUGCCAGAGGCAGAGCAAGAAGAAAAACAAUUUGUCCAAGAUAAUGCCAACAACUCUGACUCCGAAGAAGAAUUAGAGGAUUUGGACAGCGAAGAUGAAGUUGAUCAAUUGGGAGAUUCUGAUGCUGAAAGUGCGGAUGAGCAGACAUUAGAUCAUGGAGAAGAAAAGGAUAAAACAAGCUCUAUGGCUGAUGAUAUUGCAAAUCUUUUGAAUGAAGAACCUGCUGCUCCUGAAACGGCUGAGACUCCCGUAUUGAGUUUGUCCAAAAAGUCAAAGAAGGUAAUUCGCAAGAGCGGCGCAGACAAGAAGGCUUCGAAGCUACGCACUGCUCAUCGUCGUGAGCGCUUGAGAAAGGAAAAUGUUGGUCGUGUUACCAAUAUUGUUGCUACUGACGGCGAUACAGUCAAAACGUACUUUACACAUGAACGAGAGCUUCGUCGUGUUGCCCGAAGAGGUGUCGUACAAUUGUUCAAUGCCGUUCGUACUUCUCAAAUGAGAGGAGCUAUGAUGAGCUCUUCUGUUUCUGGUGGCCGAACGACUCGUGAGCAAAAGGUGCAAGAGCUUUCCAAAUCGAGCUUCCUUGACCUCAUUAAAUCACAAUAA